ACCGAGGCCCCUGGAGAAGGCUCCGGGAGGACCGGAGACCGGGGCAGGUCGGCAGAGUCCCGAACCAGUCCAGGAGAGUCCAGAACCGGUCAGAGAGAGUCCCGAACCAGUCCAGGAGAGUCCAGAACCGGUCAGAGAGAGUCCCGAACCAGUCCAGGAGAGUCCAGAACCGGUCAGAGAGAGUCCCGAACCGGUCCAAGAGGGUCCAGAACCCGGGCUUCCAGGAUAAAAAGGUGCCCCCCGCCACAAUGCAGCACUACGGGGUGAACGGCUACUCGCUGCACGCCAUGAGCUCUCUGAGCGCCAUGUACAACCUGCACCAGCAGGCCGCGCAGCAGGCGCCCGACUACCGGCCCUCCGUCCACGCGCUCACACUGGCCGAGAGACUGGCAGACAUCAUCCUGGAAGCUCGCUACGGCUCUCAGCACCGUAAACAGCGACGGAGCCGCACGGCCUUCACGGCCCAGCAGCUGGAGGCGCUGGAGAAGACCUUCCAAAAGACCCACUACCCAGAUGUGGUGAUGAGGGAGCGGCUGGCCAUGUGCACCAACCUGCCGGAGGCCCGAGUGCAGGUUUGGUUCAAGAACCGCAGAGCCAAGUUCCGUAAGAAGCAGCGCAGUCUGCAAAAGGAGCAGCUCCAGAAGCAGAAGGAGGUCUCUGGUGAAGGAGGGAGUGAGAAGGAGGGCUCUCCUCCCUCCACCACCAACCCACCAGACACCCAGCUUCCUCCCUCCUCCUCCUCCACCCUGGAGACGGCGGGCGCUGUGGGCCUCCCUGAUCCUCUGGACAUGGAGCUGAACGUUACCUCGGCGGAGCAUUCGGGCAGUGACUCGGCCACAGAAGAUAACAUCACAGAUAAGGAGGACAAGAGGAAAUGUAACAGAGAGGAGGUGAAGAGUGAGCGAGACGCCUCCUCGCCCUGCAAAUGUCUCAGUCCUAAACCAGAUUCUCCUCUGGCUUCUCCUGCCGUGACGCCCUCCUCCUCCUCCUCCAGCAGCAGCCUGGCUAGCGCUGCUCCUCUCUCUCAGAGCCACUCCUACUCGUCUUCUCCUCUCAGCCUCUUUCGUCUGCAAGAGCAGUUCCGCCAUCACAUGGCCGCCACCAACAGCCUGGUGCCCUACCCGACCUUUGACCUGGCUGCCCCGUCCUCACUCCCCUACCUGGGGAUGAACGUGAACAUGCCUGCUGCUCCGCUGGGCUCCCUGCCCUGCCAGUCCUACUACCAGUCCCUGUCCCAUCAUGCCCAGCAGGUGUGGAACAGCCCGCUGCUGCAGGCCUCAGCCGCCGGCGGACUCAGCAGCCACAACAGCAAGACCACCAGCAUCGAGAGCCUGCGUCUGAGGGCCAAGCAGCACGCUGCGUCUCUGGGGCUGGACACGCUGUCCAAUUGAGAGGGAACCUGCACGUCCACACUCUGCCCCAGUUUGGGACUCCAGGAUCUCACUGGGCUGUGACUGCAGGAGACGCAAACCUGUUGAAAACAUCCCAACAUGGAACUGAUCUGUUAAACAUGUUUAUGAGAAGAUCUUCACCUGGGUCUCAUGAGGCACGGAUGUGCAGGUCUUCCUGUCUCUUUCUGUCUCAGCGUGUCUCCGCUGGUUUGCCUCGACCUCCCAGGGUUUGCUCGUAUCGGCGCCUCCCUUCUGACUCUGGCACACGAUCUGUCCUAACCGGGGAUAUGUCGGACUUGUUAGAAACGUAGCGGUGCCGCUGCGGUGAGUCACCAGAGGAAAACCACGGCCUUGUGUACGGGCGCUGAUGUACAGCAACUCAUGAAGUGGCUUCAAUAACUAAACGCUACAUUUCACAACCCUGGACCCAACGAGUCACCACUACAAUAUUCAGAAUCCGAUCUAAAUGGGUUUGCGAUGGUUUCAGGCUACAAGUUUAGCUAACGUACAAAUUCAGACUUAGCUAAAAACAGGUGAGGGGAUGCCCAAUCUAAAAUUAUGUCCUUCUACCCUGAAAUCCAGCAAAGAAAUGAUUAAAGGGAUUCGCAUAAUCUCACCGUCAAAGUGUGUGUGUGUGUGUGUGUGUGUGGGGGGGGGUCUGCGCCCCAUUUGUUUCUGGGAAGUACUUCAUUUCAUUUACCAAGUAUUUAUUAGAUACAAUAUUUAUAUUUAACUGUUAGAUUUAUACAUUUACAACAGUUUUAAAUAUACAUAUUUAUUUAAUUACACGACUUUUUUAUUUACUUGUGUUAUUAGGAUUUUUCUUUUAUGUUCUAAAUAAAUGUGGAUAAACGGUGACUUUUGAAAAUCAACACUCCAUUUUAUUUUCAUAGUCAGGUUUUUACUUUACCAUCAGCACCCCAUAUGCUGGUAAACCCUGUACGCUAAUAUACCCCGUACACUGGUAUACCCCAUAAGCUGGUACACCCCGUACGCUAGUAUGGCCCGUAUGCUGGUGUACCCCGUACGCUGGUAUACCCCGUACGCUGCUAUACCCAGUACGCUGCUAUACCCAGUACGCUGGUAUACCCCGUACACUGGUAUACCCCAUAAGCUGGUACACCCCGUACGCUGGUAUACCCCGUAUGCUGGAAAACCCCAUAUGCUGGUGUACCCCGUACGCUGCUAUACCCAGUACGCUGGUAUACCCCGUACGCUGGUAUACCACAUACGCUGGUAUACCACAUACGCUGGUAUACCCUGUAUGCUGGUACACCCCGUACGCUGCUAUACCCCGUACGCUGCUAUACCCUGCACGCUGGUAUACCCUGUACGCUGGUAUACCACGUACGCUGGUAUACCACAUAUGCUGGUAUACCACAUACACUGGUAUACCACAUACGCUGGUAUACCACGUACGCUGGUAUACCACGUACGCUGGUAUACCACAUAUGCUGGUAUACCACGUACGCUGGUAUACCCCGUACGCUGGUAUACCACGUACGCUGGUAUACCACAUACGCUGGUAUACCACAUACGCUGGUAUACCCUGUAUGCUGGUAUACCCCGUACGCUGGUAUACCCCGUACGCUGGUAUACCCCGUAUGCUGGUAUACCACAUAAGCUGGUAUACCCCAUACGGCGGCAUACCCCAUACGGCCCAGUGACGAGCUGCUCGUAGCCCCGCCGCAGGUCCGGCACCUUAGCAGGUUCCUCCGCUACCAAAUAUUCUGUAAUAAUGUAGAAACACUAAGUCAGACCGAACGUCUUGGACAUGUUUAACUAUAGCAUGUAUUGAUUUCUGUGGACAAGCGUGAUUCUGUUUUAGGAAAAGAGAAACCGUGUUGACAACAAUGCCGAGACUGAAGAAGGCACUUUGGAGGGAACCGUGAAUCAGCAGGGGGUUCAGUGGGAUGAUGUACGUAACACGCUACACAGAACAGCGCCGCGUUUUCCUCCAUGACAACACGAGGCAGGACAGAACCGUGCUGCUUCCUGCUUUGGGGUGACUACGUCUGACGUUGGCAGAGCAAAGGCGCUGCUGCCGUAUGUGUGACAGUAAACAGCUGGUUUCCAUCUUCUCCUGAAGCAACACGAGUCCUUCUGACUGUUUAGCACCGAGGGAGGGAAAUCACAACGUUCACCGUGAAGAUCUUAGUCUUCAAAUAAUAAAACAGAUUAUUUUUUAAUCUAAUGUACAAACAAAGAUGAUGUUUACCAGUGAGGUUGCAGUAAAGUUGUUACGCCGAGGAACUGAUGAUGUUUGUAGCGCUCACCCUCGGAGCUUCUCCUCACUCUUUAUCCAGCAUCAGAAUCCACCUUCUGAGGUUGGUGGUCGGACUGAGACAGGAAGUGAUGGCUCUGUUGUUGUUUCUGACAUUGUUCCUCUGUCGUUUCUGUAAAUCUGUAAAGUUUCAGUGAUGAAUAGAUGAGUGGAGGAGAGGGACUGUGUUGAUUCCUCUGCCGUAGACUUUAACUAGUGCUGUAAAAUACCUUCAAAUAAAAGUAUGCUGAAGACCUGAA